AAGAGGGAUAUAAGAAGGAGUUGGCGAAGCCCUGCGAGCUCUAUGUCUGUAAUCUCCCCAGGCUUUCGGAUCUCUUCAAGCCUUAUGGAACUGUUCAUUCGGUUGAGUAAAGUCCUUUCAGAAAGUUCGUGGAACAUCUAUCUUGAAAGAUGGGCUAUGAGUCCUACUCCCUCGAUCACGAGGCCACUGCGCGCUGAACCUGGACAUAAUGAUCAGAGUGAACCAGAGACAACGCGUCCUCUGUAUGUUGGGUAUUUCAAGGGAGUGGGUCAGGAGCCAGGAAUGUCGAGGAGGAAUAGGAGGAAGCGGAAGCCGAGGAUUUGGUUCCAAGAACAGAGGAGGACUGAGGGGCUAGAGGAAAUUUGUUUGGUGGUGGAAACGAUACAUCUCGGUUCCAAAAUAAGGUAA